AUGCUAAAAAAAAACUACAGUGUACAUUCGAACAAGGGAAAAUUGACUACUUCUCGAAAAGGGAAAUCGCCAGCUGUGAAAGCGGAUCUAAUCUACAAAAAUGUGUGCCUAUUGCCUUCUCCCGAGUGGACGGAAGUCCCUCGGAGAAAGGCAAAGCCCAAACUUGUGUCCAGUGGUAUGUACGUUGACGCCUGGCAGCUAGAUAAGAACUGGUCCGAGGCAGAACUUCGAAGCCAGGUUUCUAGUUUAUUCCACUACUAUCUAUUUGUGAAUGGCGAAGAAAUCGAGUAAGUAUUACCUAAAUAAUGCGAUCCAAAUUGUUCCUAAAUGAGUAAGUUAUUAUUUUUUAGCGAAAAGUCAAUUAAACUUAAGUUAAACGCAACUGAAAAGUUUUUGAAAUGUGAUGUAAGCUUGUCAAGAUAUUUGUACAUAAGAAAGACUUAGUGUAUGCUGAAAAUCCCAAAUCAUCAUUAUUAUUCCAACUCUGUCGUGUUUUCUAAAUGCGCAUAAGACUGUCGAUGGUUUCUCCUGGGAUUGUUUUACAGAUCUGUUCAGUUUCCUAUCGCCGCUUGGCAGCCAUUUCCCUUCCUGGGAAGUACUACAUUCAAUACCUAUAACUUUUUUAUCUGCUCUUUGCACAAGGUAUACAAAGAUUGUACCAAAAUCAAAUUUCCAGAGGAGGGGUCCAAUCACAAGGAGCUCAAUCCUUAAGCAAACAUAACCUGAAUGUUGAAAUAAAGAAUUCUUAGAAAUGGAAUUAAUGUAUCAAAACAUUUUUUUAAACAUUUUCUUUACUUUAUUGAAUAUCAAAUAUUUUAUUAAAUAUUAAUUAUUUAUAGACUUUAUUAUGGGCUUUACAAUAGCCUGAGUACAGGGCCUAAUACUCAGGCUAUUUUUACAAAAAAUCUCCCCUCUGUAGAUAUAUAUAUAUAUAUAUAGUAUUCUUAUUCAAUCCGCUGAAGAGUGAAUUGAUUCCCUUGUUGGGAAAAGUGUAGUUUCUGGUAUUUUUACAAUAAUAUUUGUACAUUCAGCUAAUUGCUUUGGCUCCUUGUGGUUAAAUGUGAGCAUGCUCUAACUUAAUUGUGAUAGUUAUUAUUUAAAGAUAACAAAUGCAUUUUCCUCUACAUUAUCAGCUUUGAAUUUGUAAGAGCAAUAGGAACAGAACUGCUAUCAAUUACCUUGCAACCCAAUCAAGAGCUGGGAGGAAAAGUAUUAAAACAUGUAAUGGGAAAUGGCCCAAUUUAUGUAAGGGCACUUGCUGACAUACAUAUUCCUCAAAAA